AUAUUAGGUAACGAGAGGGAUUGCCAAACACUUGUUUAUUGCUUGCCCAGAUUUCACCCCAUCAUCAUGUAGUGAUGUGAUCCAGUCUGUGUUGUGUUGUCUGCAGAUUGCUCGGUGUUUCUAGGUGACUGGGAGUGUCACUGGAUGGUUUUCGUCUUUUGUGGAAAUUCUGCAGUGGUUUUUUGUUUGUUUUACAGUUCAAAACGGUACAGAAAAUAACUGUUCUGAUGAAGUUGUGAUGGACUUAUAGUAUAAUGGGUUGUGUGAAAAGUAGUCUCAAGACAUUUGAGCUAGCCCGAGGCAGCGCCGAUAGCCCACCCCCGAGAAAGCCUGUCUCAUUUCACAUUACUCGAAACACAUACGCACGAACCCACACAGGCGUCAGGAAUAACAAUGUCAGAGUGGCGGAUGUCUCAUUAGAGGGAACAAAUAUUUUAAGUUCAGUUCCAGCCGGGAUCGUUGAAGAAGUGUUGACGGUGAAGGAUGUGAACUUCAACGUGGUUGAGAAUGCCACUAAGCACUACACGAGUGAGUACGACAUUGCCGACCCAGAAGAAACCCGCAAUCCCCAGCUGGUCGUACGGCGUGGACAGAAAUUCGAGAUAACCUUACAGUUCAACCGGGCUUACGAUGUCAAGAAGGAUGACCUACGGCUCAUAUUCCAGGCUGGCGAGAAUCCCAUGCCGAGCAAAGGAACGCACGUGGAGUUUGUUUUGUCGGACAAAGACGAACCAAAAAAGUGGGGAGCCUGGAUAACAAGACAGAACGGCGACUACUUGCAAGUGACCAUCAUGACUCCAUCAAACUGCUACGUCGGCAAGUGGGAGCUGAAGGUAGAUGUCGUUAAAAAGAUCGACAACAAGCAUUCGAUCUUCAGAUACAGCCACAGGGACCCAAUUUAUCUUCUCUUCAACCCCUGGUGUAAAGAUGACAUGGUUUACAUGCCUAAUGAGAGGGAACUGAAGGAGUAUGUUCUUAAUGAAAGUGGAAAGAUAUAUUCAGGAACUGCAAGGAAGAUAACUCCAAAACCAUGGAACUUUGGCCAGUUUCAAGGAAAUGUUCUAGACUGUGCAAUGAAAAUUCUGGAUGAAUCUGGCCUCAACUGGUCAGUCCGGGGUAAUCCAAUACCACUAGUCAGAAAAAUAUCAGCCUUGGUGAAUGCGCCAGAUGAUGGGGGGAUUCUAGUUGGUAAUUGGUCAGGAGAGUAUCCAGGUGGGAAAUCCCCGCUGUCUUGGACAGGAAGUGUGGCCAUCUUGGAGGAGUACUACAAGACCUCGAUGCCAGUCAAGUACGGACAGUGCUGGGUCUUCUCCGGAGUGGUCACAACAAUUUGUAGAGCUCUUGGAAUUCCCACCAGAAGUGUGACCAACUUCGCGUCUGCUCACGACACAGAUGGCACCAUCACCAUUGACAUCCAUUUUGAUUCGGAAGGAGAGCUCGAUGAUAGCAGAAACUUUGAUUCUGUUUGGAACUUCCAUGUGUGGAAUGAGGUGUUCAUGGCACGACCUGACCUCCCAACUGGUUUCGGUGGUUGGCAGGCAAUCGACGCAACACCACAGGAGACCAGUGACGGUGUUUACUGCUGUGGACCUGUUUCUGUAGAAGCAAUCAAACAAGGGGAGGUAAAUAUGCCGUUUGAUGCUCCGUUUGUGUUUGCCGAAGUGAAUGCUGACCGUGUCUACUGGUCAGUGAUGCCGGACGGUGAACUGGUCAAUGUGUACAUCGACAAGGGAGCUGUUGGAAAGAACAUCAGCACCAAGGCUGCCGGAGUCUCUGACCGGGAGGAUGUGACAUCGAGAUACAAAUUUUCUGAAGGUUCUGAUGGCGAGCGAGUGGCAGUUCUAAAAGCCAAUCAGCUGGGCUCUACCAUUCACAAGGAUAUCUACAAACGAGGCCAGAAUGAUGUUAAGUUCAGUCUUCUGUUCAAUGAUGAUGUGUUUGUUGGACAAGACUUUGAAAUUCAGAUGAAGAUGGUCAACAACAGUAAAGACACCCGCACCAUCAGCGGUCGUCUGGCUUGCAAAACCGUCUUCUAUACCGGUGUUCCAUUUGAGAAGUGCAAGUCCGAGCCAUACAAGGUUGUGCUCAAGUCAGGAGAAGUGAAGAUCAUCACAGUAAAGGUGGAUGUGGAUGAUUACAAUGACAAACUUCAGGACUGCUGUCUGAUGGACAUCACGGCAUUCGGCCGAGUGGACGAGACCAAACAGAUCUUUACGAAAACCGACGAACUCAGACUACGCAAGCCACAUCUCACCAUCAAGGUUUCAGAGCACGGUAAAGUUGGCCAGCGAAUGAAAGUGGAGAUUUCAUUUGUGAAUCCUCUCCCUGUGACUCUGACUCGAUGUCGGCUGGAGGUGUCCGGAGCCGGUCUGCAGGAACCACUCAUCAUAAAACAGGGCUCUGUGGAAGCGAAAAAGACGUUUAUGACGUCAGUGGACUUACUUCCGAGGAAGAAAGGCGACCGUGAACUCAUUGCCUUGUUCAGCUCUGAUCAGCUUGAUGAUAUUAACGGAUCUGUUACCAUCCACGUCCAACCCAAAUAAACAGCAUGUCGUCUUGGAUCCUGCCUUUUCAAUGUCUUCUUGGAUCCCUCCAUUUCAAUGUCUUCUUGGAUCCCUCCAUUUCAACGUCUUCUUAGAUCCCUCCAUUUCAGUGUCUUCUUAGAUCCCUCCAUUGCAAACUAAAUGCUUCCUCUAUAACAGAUGUUUACAUUACAGUGGCAGAUUUAGGAAUUAUUUUAGUUGGAGAUAAUAAUCCAAAAGGACCUCACAGCAGUUGGUAUUUACAAAGGAACAUUAUUGCAGUCAUACAUGUAACAUAAUGACUGUACAUUAAUGAUGUAUAAGAGCAUUUUCAUCAAUAAAAGUAGCAGUUUAUCAUUAUUAAUGGCAGAAAAUGUUUUCUAAAUAUGAAAUAUGAUUUUAUUUGGCAAAAACCCAAUGUUUUAGAAUGUUUAUGUGAAUGGACCUGAUCAAAAGGCACAAGUAACUACCAAAUAAUGAGCAAAAUACAUCUUUACAGGAACCACUUGCACACUGUGUCAUUCUAAAUAAAUGUCUUUAAAAGACUCAGUUCCUGCUAAGUCUAAAAAAAUAUCCAAGACUUAAUCCUAUAACACUUUGGAGAAAUAUCUUUAGAAUAUUGAAAUCUACAAGUAAAUCUACAUCAUAAAAUCAUUCAAAAUCCGAAUAGAAUGAACAAAAAAAAAAAAAAACUUUCUUUAAAAAAAAAACGUUUUUACAUUAUUGGAAGAGAAAAAAUUACAUAAAUACAGGUACAUGUGUUUUCAACAAGCUGAAAGUUUUAAAUUUUAACUCUUUUGUUUUUUUCAGUGUUAGUUUAAAUUUCAAAUCUUUUGCUGGUGUUAUAUUAUUUGGUGCUGAUAUCAUUUUCAGUAGACAUUAUAGCAGGCUUUACUUAAAACUCGUCAUCUUACUAUUUGCAAUUAAUAUUUUCUUUACAACUGAUAGAGGAAAAAUCUUUAUGAAUUGGAGCUAUUAAUAUAAAGUAUUGCCACAACUAUAAACUUUUAAACCCAAUGAUAUAGAUAAUAUAGGUUUUAUACAGCUUUAAACACUUGCAUAAGUGCAUUUGUUUUGUUAUAAAUAUUAAUAUUGUUUAAUAAUAAUUAUGAUGAUGUUGAUGCUGCUGCUGAUGAUGAUGGUAGUGAUGAUGAUAAUGAUGAUUUUAAUGAUGAUGAUAAUGAUGCUAAUGAUAUGUUGUGACAUAUUUAGCACAUGUAAUCAUACACAUGGUUAAUGCUAAUGAAUUAUGUUUUUAUAGAUGUGUGUUUGUAUUGCUCAGCUGAAGUCUAAAGAACUUGGAUACGCUAAAUCAUGUCUUAAUACCAAAAAGUGUAACCAGCUAUGAAAUCCAUUAUAUAUUGACAUACAAAAGAAAUGUAACACUAUUUUCAAGACAGCUGCUAGAAUAUUAUAUUUACUCGUUUGAAGCUACUUACAAACUUUAACCCAGUACUAUUUUUAUUUUACUAUUUUGGCAGUUAUCAAUGGUACACCUCAGAUUCAAACUUGCCAUACUGUGAAUACUACAUUUCAAGGGAACUAGAUUAAAUAUAAUACGUACAUAGAGUAGCACAUUAUGGAAAAUAACUGAAUUGUACUGUAUGAUCAAUUCUAAAUUCUAAAUGAAUAAUGUAUUAAAUAGUAAAAAUAAACUUGGGAUUACAACUUUAACACGGCUCACACUGGAACUCGUUUGGGUUUAGCCAAUUUUCAGAAAUCUCGAGUAUUUCCUUCAAAAACAUUAAAAUGUGGUUAAUUCGAGGAAUAUUUUAUUAGCCAAAGUCUAAAUUGUGUAGCCAUUUUGUAUAAAAAUUAGCAGUUGGUUCAUUUGACAAUGUACAGGGUGAGUCCUGUUUAAAAUACGGAAGUCCUUUCUCUGAAGUUAACCAUUAAUACAUGUACUAUAUGACUUGAAAAUGGUGGGCUUUCUUUUGCAUGUUAAAACAUGUAGUACAGACUAGUACUAUUGUAUAUAAAUAUACAUGUAUUUAAAGGGACAGAUCCUAGUUUCAACCCAUGAAAAUGCAUACUAAGUUUAGCUAAUCUACAAAUCUGUCACAUAUUGGGAUAAAGUUACAACUGAGUAAA